AUGCCUCACCAGCGCCCUGCAGCCUCUCCAGCCGCCGACGACUUUCCCGCCAACCUCAAACCAAUCCUCCAUCUCCCGCCAGACAACAAGCCAACGAAUGUAGUCAUCUUCCUUCCAGGCUUAGGUGACACAUCAGCCAACUUCUUCUCCUUCUCUCGUGCGCUGAACCUUCCUGACGCCUUGGCCAUCACACUUAGUCCUCCUUUCCCGUUACCAUUCCCUCUCGGGCCUGGGGAUCAGUGGUCCGAAGACCUUCACGUCGACUCCGCCACGGGUGACCUUGAUUCGGACUCUCCUCUGACCAAAUCAGUGGAACUCGUAGCACAGGACGUGAUCUCGAAAGUCUUGGUCGACAAGUUCAGGUACCGACCUGACCACAUCCACCUCUUUGGCUUCGGACAAGGUGGUUCAGUCGCCCUAAUGGUGCCUUUACACCCAUCCAUAUCCUCUCUACCCUCUUUAGGAGGGGUCAUAUCAGUUGGGGGAGCUUUACCACUAUCUGCACCUCUCCCAAAAACCCAGUCCGAGAACAAAACACCGGUUUUGAUCCUUUCAGGCUCAAAAUCGCCCCUGGCAUCGGUCGGCUCUAGUCCACUAAACCGCAUCAAGUCAACCUAUGAGUUUGUCACUUAUCAUCAGUGGAAGAAAGCAGAUGACUCGUUGCCUAAGAAUCGAGACGAGGCUUUGCCGAUGAUGCAGUUCUGGGCGCGACGUUUACGAAGCAGACGCGGUGUUCCGGACGAUGCGAUCGAGAUAACUUGA